AAACUAGAAAUACUUUUUUUGCCGAAAACUAGGUUAGGCUACUUCGUUGUGUAACAUGACAGUAAACAAAUAAUUUUUAAUUAAUUAGGAAAAUGGGAAAUCUUGACAACGAAAACCCCGUUGUUUUUCAGGCAACGAAAGAUCGGGCAGUUUUACCAGAAGAGGAAGAUGAUCAAAUUACUGAUGGUUUUGACAGUCGAGAGGUGUUUGAUUUGAUACGUACAAUAAAUGAUCCUGAGCAUCCACUAACACUGGAAGAACUAAAUGUUGUUGAGGAAUCUAAGGUCAAGGUAGAUGACUCAGCAAAUUCUGUUCAUGUGUUGUUUACUCCCACAAUCCCUCACUGUAGUAUGGCAACAUUGAUUGGCCUAUCAAUUAGGGUGAAGCUUUUGUGGUCAUUGCCAUCAAGAUUCAAGGUGGAUGUUGCAAUAACUCCAGGAACUCACGAUUCAGAAGAAGCUGUCAACAAACAACUUGCAGACAAAGAAAGAGUGGCCGCUGCUUUAGAGAACUCACACCUGUUAAGUGUGGUUAACCAGUGCUUAGCCAGGAGAGCCACUGGUUGAUUGAAACUCCUUAAGUUUUACCAGCUUACACUCUAAGUAGUCUUUAUCUUCACAACUGUGUUGAAAACUUUUGUGCAGAAGAUGAUAUUAUAUUGCUGUUAAUAACCAAGUCCUGUAUAUAUUGCCAUGUUUGAUGCUCUGUAAAAAUCUGUCCAAGGAAAUUUUUAAAUUAAAUUUUUAUUGUUUUAAAAUCACAUAAACCUUGUUGAUUGGUUAACAUACAUCAAUGUAGGCUUCAGGUUUUGAGUGUAGCUUGGAUAGUCGAGAGAUUAUUAAAAUAUUGAGCAAAAGCAUUGAAUGAAUUUAUCUUAAUUAUCAUACUAACAAGAUUAUAUUUAAUUUAACAAAAUUAUUUGUCAUAAAAUAUUGUGUUCAUAAUACAUUUGCACUGCAAUUGUCUGAAA